GGUACCUGUCGCCAGCUGCAGAAUCAGGCUCACGGACUGUGACGCUGUGUCCCUUCCUGCCUGCAGGAUGGGGGCCAUGAGGCCAGCGCUGGCCUUGCUGACCCUGGCCUACCUGCUGCGCACAGCUGCUGCCCUGAAAAUCUGCGCUUUCAACAUCAAGAGCUUUGGAGACAGCAAGCUGUCCGACGAGACCACCGCAGGCAUCAUCGUGAAAAUUCUGUCACGGUAUGACAUUGCCCUGGUGCAGGAGGUGCGGGAUGCCGAUCUCAGUGCUGUGACCAACCUCCUGGACCAGCUCAACAGUGCAUCGAAGCAUCAAUACAGCUAUGAGAUCAGCGAGCCCCUGGGUCGGGAGAACUACAUGGAGAUGUACCUCUUCAUCUACAGGACGCAGACGGUGUCUGUAGUGGCCACGUACCAGUACCCAGACCCAAGCAACACCUUCAGUCGGGAGCCCUUCAUCGUGAAGUUCUCGUCCCCCAACUCGAAGGGGCAGGAGUUCGUGCUGGUGCCCCUGCAUACGCCCCCCAGCGAGGCUGUGGCAGAGAUCGACGCCCUCUACGAUGUCUACUUAGAUGUCAUCGACAAGUGGGGGACUGAUAAUAUCAUUUUCCUGGGAGACUUCAAUGCCGACUGCUCCUACGUCAAGAAAGGGGACUGGGGGUCCAUCCGCUUGCGCACCAGUGAGGUGUUCGAGUGGCUCAUCCCUGACAGCGCAGACACCACUGUUGGGAAGUCAGACUGUGCCUAUGACAGGAUUGUGGUGUGUGGCUCCAAGCUGAAGAAAACCAUCAAGCCCAAGUCUGCUGCUGUCUAUGAUUUCCAACAAGCUUUCAAACUGGAAGAAGCCGAGGCCCUGGCUGUCAGCGACCAUUUCCCCGUGGAGGUGACGCUGAAGGCUCACUGAAGCUCCAGGCUGCCCUCACCAGCACCUGCUCAGAAUCCCCUCCCUCUGCAGCAGUGGAGCCUGGCUGCCCAGCUCCACCAACUGUAACUAUCAGCCUGAAAGGACCCUCAGCAUCAGCAUUUGCCAUCUCUUCAGGACAACAGCAUUGGCCGAAACAGCCCUCCUCGGCAGCCGGAUUUAAGUCAAUGCCACGUUAGCAAAGAGCCAGUGUGGCAGCCCUGAUGCACUUACUCACAUGACAGCCAGCACAAGCAGCUGGCAGCCCAUCUGCCACCCAUCACAGCCUGGCUCUGUAGCAGCCCAAUUGUAAGCAGGGUUCAAUCUACCAAGGUCCAUUCAGGCCCUCGGCAGCACCCUCCAUCUAUCAGAGCACAAUGACCUUCAGCUGCUAUGAACCUGGGCUGGAUUCCAACUGCAGCCUGACUUCCAAGCAAUACUUGCCUGGAAGGAUGCACCUGGUCCCAGGGUUUCCUUAUCCAAAAUUACUGUAUGUGUAAACACUGUAACUUAUGGCCUCAGGUGAAGGGAAACAACCCCUUUGCCUGUAGCCGCCUGGCUGUUACAGUC